UUUCGGCGUCGACCCCGCCCCGAGGCCGGAAAGGCCGCCCGCCUCCCUUGGCAGGAUAAGCCAAUCGGAGGACUCUCAUGGCCGGAUGAACGGCAGCCGGCCCAAUCCGUCGGGCCUCACGCGGCGCCGCCCCGCCCCUCCGCCGGGCCCGAGUGGCGGCCGGGCGACGAGUACGGGCCUCGGAGCAACUGCAACGGCGGCGGUGGCGGACGCGGCCUGAGGCGACCGGCGGGGCGUGGGGCGGCGCCUCGGCCCGGGCUCGCCCUCGCCGGCGGGAGCGUCCAUGGCCCCCGGGCGCCGGCGGGGCGCGGCCGCGGCCUGAGGGGCCAUGUCCGGGGUGGUGCGGACCCUCAGCCGCUGCCUGCUGCCGGCCGAGGCCGGCGGGGCUCGCGAGCGCAGGGCCGGCGGCGCGCGCGACGCGGAGCGAGAGGCCCGGAGGCGCAGCCGCGACAUCGACGCGCUGCUGGCCCGCGAGCGGCGCGCGGUGCGGCGCCUGGUGAAAAUCCUGCUGCUGGGCGCUGGCGAGAGCGGCAAGUCCACGUUCCUCAAGCAGAUGCGCAUCAUCCACGGCCGCGAGUUCGAUCAGAAGGCGCUGCUGGAGUUCCGCGACACCAUCUUCGACAACAUUCUCAAGGGCUCCAGGGUUCUUGUCGAUGCACGAGAUAAACUUGGCAUUCCUUGGCAGUAUUCUGAAAAUGAGAAGCAUGGGAUGUUCCUGAUGGCCUUCGAGAACAAGGCGGGGCUGCCCGUGGAGCCUGCCACCUUCCAGCUGUAUGUCCCAGCCUUGAGCGCGCUCUGGAGGGAUUCUGGCAUCAGGGAGGCUUUCAGCCGGAGGAGCGAGUUUCAGCUGGGGGAGUCAGUGAAGUACUUCCUGGACAACUUGGACCGGAUCGGCCAGCUGAAUUACUUUCCUAGUAAGCAAGACAUCCUGCUGGCUAGGAAAGCAACCAAGGGGAUUGUGGAGCAUGACUUCGUUAUUAAGAAAAUCCCCUUUAAGAUGGUGGAUGUGGGCGGCCAGCGGUCUCAGCGCCAGAAGUGGUUCCAGUGCUUCGAUGGGAUCACGUCCAUCCUGUUCAUGGUCUCCUCCAGCGAGUACGACCAGGUCCUCAUGGAGGACAGGCGCACCAACCGGCUGGUGGAGUCCAUGAACAUCUUCGAGACCAUUGUCAACAACAAGCUCUUCUUCAAUGUCUCCAUCAUUCUCUUCCUCAACAAGAUGGAUCUCCUGGUGGAGAAGGUGAAGACCGUGAGCAUCAAGAAGCAUUUCCCGGACUUCAGGGGUGACCCGCACCGGCUGGAGGACGUCCAGCGCUACCUGGUCCAGUGCUUUGACAGGAAGAGACGGAACCGCAGCAAGCCGUUGUUCCACCACUUCACCACUGCCAUUGACACCGAGAACGUCCGCUUCGUGUUCCAUGCUGUGAAAGAUACCAUCCUGCAGGAGAACCUGAAGGACAUCAUGCUGCAGUGAGCAGGAGAGCCCCAGUUUCCAGCGUCUGUCAACAGCCUCCGAGGCUGCGGCUCAGGCUCUGUGGUGUGUAUCGUCUCUGUGGUCCUUGAGUGGGUUUCUCCGAUCCGUGCCCUCAAAUACCUGGCUCCAGAAUGCUGUCAGCCCAGCCCAGCCAGCAAACUCCAGGCAAAAGGACAUGGACACUGUCAUGUUAGCUACUGAAUCCUGGGGACGAGUAAAACUACUGAAAAUCCAAGGGAUCAUUGUGUUAUUAAUACGGAACAUCUAAUAACACUGCUUGCUUUUCUUUACAGAAAUGUUACUCUUUUUCUGACACAAUUUAAUUGAGGACUCUGUGUGUGUGUCUGUGUGUGCGUGCGCGCGCACGCUCUGUCUUUAAUGACAAAAUCACAAAAACCAGCUGGCCUUGCAGAUGGCUUUUCUAACUUGCAAGUCUUCCCUGAGACGGACUAACCUGAGAGCUUUGCCUAACGGUAGCUUGUAGAGAUCCAGUGCACUCCAGUGCUGCUAAACUCAGUGCCUGAGCCCGGCCCUGCAGCCCCAGCCGCAGUGUCUGAAGGCCACCUCCCAAAGGGAGCAUGUUGCCUUUGCAAACUCCCGUGCCAGUUUUCCUAAGAGCCCCUCAUCCAGCCUUUUAGAUAAAGCUGAGGAGCCAUGCCUAGGAUCCCCUCCCAGCUCUGAGGACAGGAUGGGGGACUCUGCAGGUGUGGAUUCACCUCAACGCCCCUGCAGGGGGCUCAGUCCUUCCUGCCCUGCCAGAUGCCCAGCAGCACAACAUGGAGUGAGACAGGAUGCCUGCGGUGACUGCUGCUCCGUUCAUGCGCACAGCGGUGCUCUUCACCCCUAGCCACCCCCACCCAACCUGAUGGCAAAGACAGAAACCAAGUCGCCUUGCAGAUGGCUUUCCCAUCCUGCAAGUCAUCUGCUCACAUGCAGUUGGCAGCACAUAGCGCUUCCUUCUUUCAGAAACAUUCCUCUUCUGGGGCUUCAGAAAACUGGCAAGGCAAUGAGCAGCGCUUUUGUUAAUGUCCCAGCUGCUUGGCGAGCUAACAGCUGACCUUUCAGGAAGCCCACAAAUGCUGGAGGAAUCUGGGUUUCUCCGCAUUGCCACUCCACCAGUGCCUUCAGUUUCAUUGGGAACGGCCACGCCUGUUCUCAGCUCUCCUAAGGCUGAUUCUCAUCAAGGCCCCUCACUUCUGUGACUGCUUGCAAAACAAGUAAACACUCUCGGAUGCCGCUGUCCUGGGGGAGUCCACCCGAAGCUUGUGAAUGUUGACAUGAGCUGGCCAAUCCUGGGCCCAGCUCACUUGUCCAGCUACCUGCCAGGUGUCUUUUACUGUGUUUAAAAUACAUUGCAUUCCAAGCUGGUCCCCUCUGUGUAUCACUCUACUGAGAAAUCCUGCCUAGUAUGUUUGGGGAUGUGUCCUAGCAUUAAAAGCAAAUGAAAAGCUUCCUCUUAUUUGGCACCCAAAUGUUGCUGUGGCUCAGUCAUACAUCCCAGGGCCCUGUCCCAAGGCCAUGCUGCCCCUGACCCCGAGCCCCUCUGCAGCUCAUUCUGGGCUUGUUUUCCCGCAAACCCGAUCAACAGAAGCUCUGGGGCAGAUGCAGAAGCAGAAAGAGGAGGGAGGGGGACCUGCCUCUGGGUCACCCUGUCAGCACAGCGUUUUCAUUAGGAGACAGCAUGGACUCUCUCUCUCUCGUGGUGCUCAAGGGUUUGCUGGGCUUACAGCUCUUAUUUUGGCUGGAUGAUGAAGUUGCUGUUUUCGUACUGCUUCCUUUGGCUCUUCACAGAUCUAAAGGAUGUGACGAGGGAUUAAUGCCAAUGACCACAUUUUAAAGGAGAAAGAAAACUCUUGGUGGUUCCCUCGGGAUGGUCUCGGGUCACAUUUUCAGUUUUCAGCAGUGAAGUGCAGCUCAGUCCACGGCAUGGUGAGCUUUGUGUGCUGCUGGGGUCAGCUUUCACUAUCCCCCAUGUUUGUCAGGACCCAGAGCCCAGAGGAGUACAAGCAGGUCCUCCACAAACUUGGAGUGCCUCUUGGUGGCGCUGUUGGAGGCAGCACCACCAUGAUUGGCGUGGCAGGGGAGUUGUUUGAAACACCUUCCUGAGUAGUCCCGCCUGGUCAGUGAGUGCUUGUUUUCCUUUAAACAGUCUGGCAUAUUUACUAAUCGCUUUCAAACCGGAAGCAUGAGAGUAAGGAGCUGUUGUGAGGUCUGUUUAACUCGAUAGAAAGUACAGUGGAAUGACUCCCGGCCCAGGUUCUUGACUCGCUCAGCCACUGACCCCACCACCCUGGCCUUGCUGAGCUGGACUUCCUCCUCUUCCUCAUGACCAGGGUGAAUUAGGAAGUUUUUAAAGACACCCCCUUCCAAAUUCUAUAACGCAUUGUCAUUGGAGAAGGUAACUCUUUGCAGGACUAAACUAUCAUCAUUUACAACUUUUCUAUACAUAGACUGUAGUCAUUUUUGUCUCCAGAACAUUAGGCUUUUGUAUUUUUUAAUUUUAAUUUCACUGUUAAUCUUUAUUGUCUUUUUUAUUAAGAUGUUGGAAAAGCAGGAGGUAGUUGUGCCUCAUCAAUUAUUGCAAAAAUGUAACAAUAAACUUCCUCAAAGUAA